AUGUCUGCCAAGAUCUGUGAGUGAUCAGAUGCAGCACACGAUGGGAUGGAGCUGUACUGAUCGUUUGGACGCCGGCUUGACGAGCGCUUGCAGACUGGUACGUGGUUCGAUCUGCACCACUCGACCCGACCGCCACGCCACGACCCAACCUUAGCCAGCUCCGGUGCCGCCAGCGACCAGCACGCAUUCGUGGCACGGUGCCAGCUCGCCCCCCCCCCCCCCGUCGCCGCAUUCUCAACAUCGGACCUGUGUGACUGACUUGAUUUUGCUUUUCUCUGUCACCCUCUGUUGCUACUCCUUUUUCGUGCCACCAGCGGAAACCUCUCGUGGUAAGUGGUCGUUGGCCUUGGCUCUCGUCGUAGCUCUCUUGUGGCUGUGGUCACGCUCACGCUCGCCUUUGUCCUGUGCCAAUGUCGCCGGCCUGGCGCGCGAGUGUCCACUCCCGAUUUUCACGCGCUGCGCUGCGCUGCGAUGCGGGGGCCCUGACCCGGCACCCAGCUAGCGCAUCUUUACAACGCGGCCGCGGUCUUGAACAGCAGCGGCUGACACUAGGUUUCGAUCUGUGACCUUUUUUUCUUCAGGGGAACCAACACCGACUCGUUGCGUGAUGCCUUCUCGCAAUUCGGUCAGGUUCUCGACUGCAUCGUCAUGACGUGAGUCUCUCCGGUCUCUAGCUGCCCAGUCCAUGCGUGUGAUCCCGUAAUCCGUUCCUUGUCCGACUUCACUGACGUUUCGGCUUUUAUUCACUUUCACCUUGUUCAGCGAGCCCGGAACCGGCCGCUCGCGUGGUUUCGGCUUCGUCACCUUUGGCUCGCAAGCCGAGGCUGAUGCCGCCAUCGCCGCCAUGCACGAGCAAGAGCUUGUGCGUACCUGUUUCCCACCCCGCUCCUCUCCAGUACUGCACAGCAGCGCGGUCGUGGAUUCUGAGCACACAUCUCGACUCCAAGUCCGGUUGAACGGGCACUCAAGAUCUCGGCACCGGCACGGUGCGAGGUCCAGGAAUAAUCCUAACCCUAUCUGCGGCUCUCCACACUCCUGUCGACGCGGUGUGGUGACUGUCAGAAGCCCUAGCUGCGACCAUGUCAUCACUCCUCGCCAUGUCCAUUCGGCACCGACGGUGACGCCUGCGACGCGAUCCCUAAACACCCGAUCCCAUGUUCUCGUGUUCCCGGUUUCCUGACUCUUCCUCGCGCUCUGCGUUCUCUCUCUCCUGUUCCUCUUCUGCCUUUCUGCAUGUCUGUUGGAUUCGCUUUCCCUUCGUUCUCGGAUCGUGUCUGUGCCCGUGUGCCUUUCCCGCGCCUCGUAAUCGUUUUCGCUUGCAAAUUGCUUCGUUUACUUCGACUAUCGUUCUGCACCUGUUCUGGGUUACUAACAAUCACAGGGUAAGUCUUCCCUGCUCUUUUGCUUUGAUCUCUGGCCCGAGCGGAUGGCUGAUACGGAAUGCAUACAUUCUGCGCAUCACAGACGGUCGACGCCUUCGCGUCAACAUCGCCAACCAACGUGGUGGCGGAGGUGGAGGUGGAGGAUGUGAGUAAUAUCUUUGCUCUUGCUCACUGUGCCGUCGUUGAGCGGGGCUCAUGCGAUACGUCCGGGUCGUGCUAUAGACGGUGGGGGAGGAUGUUAGUCACUCCCCUUUUUAUGACGCUCUUCAUUGAGUUCUCAUCGUUGUCGAGGAGGUCGCACGUUCGGCGGUCUGGUCUCGUCGUGCGGCCGCUCGAGAACUCGAAUACCUGAUCUCGGGUGUUGAGCUCUGUUUCAAGUUCACAUCGCUAACCGUACUCACUUCCUUGUUCGAUUAAUCUUAGACGGUGGCCAGGGUGGCGUGAGUGUUCACGACACGUUCAGUUCACAUCGGUGCAUCAGCUAACCUCUUGCCUUUCCUACCCGACUUCACACAGUACGGUGGAGGAGGAUGUAAGUCACCUUUGACACUCAUGGCAUCCUCCUACCCGUCGUUGUCGGCAGACAAGCUUCAAGAGCUUUUAUGUUUCUGUCGAACACGCACGAUUGCUCUGUGCUCGGGGCAUUGGCUGACCUCGUAACUCGUCCUGGCUCCCACUAGACGGUGGAGGAUACGGCCAACAGCAGGGUGGCUACGGCGGCCAGCAGUCCUACGGCUCGGGCGCCCCCUACGGCCAGCAAUCUUACGGCCAAGGUGGCUACGGUGGCCAGCAAGGUUACGGCCAACAACAAAGUGGCUGUGAGUAGAUGUUGUCUAGUUGAUGCUUGACUUGCAUUACUGAUGCCUACCUGUCCCUCGUGCGCUCGUAUAGACGGUGGUGACGCCCAGCAACCGGGCGGCUACGGCGCCCAGCAGGGCUACGGCGGCCAACAGGGCGGCCAGCAAGGCGGCUACUAG